AUGGCGACGCUGGAGCAUUUAAAGAAAACAAAUAUAGGCAUUUUGAAAACAAUAGCUUUAGAUCUGGGUAUUGAUUGUAAGAAGAAGAAAAAAGAUGAUCUGAUUUGCGAUAUUCUUGCAAGCAGCACAAGUACAGAUGCCCUGUGUCCCACUGUUGAGGUAUUUUCUUCCUCUGAUCCUACACUUACGCAGUUCAAAGAAAACUUGCCACCAUUCAACAAAGUUUCUUACCAGCUGAUAGGUCCAUCAAGUCAUGUGAAACCAUCUGCCCUUUCUUUUUCCUCUUUGUAUGAGUUUAUGAUCUCAAGGACAAGGCAGGGAGGUCAGAGUGUUCAAAACUUUAAAGGACUGGACAAGUCUCUGAAACAUUUUGAUGCAGGGGACAUCCAAGAAUUAAGUAUUGCCAACAUUGAUGACACAACAGUCUAUGUCAAGGCCUUUUGCUUGGCAUCUAUGAAAAAGCAGAGGUAUCAGGUUUAUCUUUGUAUGACAAACAUUGGCAGCACACACAAAGUGGACUAUGCAUAUUGCCAGUGUCCCAUUGGGUUAGCUCAAGCCUGCAGCCAUAUUGGUGGAUUGCUUUUUGCAAUAUGCAAUGGCAUCUUUACGUCAUCCCAGAGCUGUACCUCAACUCUAUGCACGUGGAAGAUGCCAAGGUCGGUUAACCAGAAACCAACCCCAAUUAGCAAUCUGAAUCUAUCAAAGCCUCGUGCCCAAAUAGAAAAGACAGGUGAGGACAAUGCUGCAGCAACCGUUUCUCUACCACAUGGCUCUGCAAUGGCGAAAUUUGACCCUCGACAUUCAGAGGAUAAGGAAAAUGACAUAGACUGGUCAUUGCAGCAGCUUUCAGAAUUAAAAGUCAUUUUCCCUCAAACAGGUAUGGCACAUUUAUGGAACAUUCCUGACUCUGGAGCACCAACUGCAGUGGACAAUGAAAUGGAGGUGGAAACAUUGGUCCAUCCACUCCACCUGAAAAUGGAAAAAAUGAUAUUCUCUCAAAGCAAUGUCCCACCACCUAUGAUUGACCAAAACUUAGUAGACUACAUUGAAGAACACACAAGAGCACAAAGACUUAGUGAUCUAUGGAAAAAACUUCAUCUUGGACGGAUCACAAGUUCUAUCUUUGGUGAUGUUCUUCAAUCGGGAGACAAACCUACAUCCCUAAUCCAACAGAUUUUGUAUGGAUCAAAUCUAAACAAAUACUCUAGGUUACCUCUCGCAGUGCAGUGGGGAAUUGACCAUGAGAUGGACGCAAAGGAAGACUACCUACAGAUCAAAAGAGCUAUUCAAUUGGAAACUGACGUACAGACAUCUGGUCUUACUUUAUGCUCGACACAUUCUUUUCUAGGGGCUACCAGUGAUGGGAGAGUGGUUGAUAAUGAAAGCACUGGACUGCUAGAAAUUAAAUAUCCCUUCUCCAUCUCAGGACAAAAUGUAACUCUCAUAAAGAUAACACUGUUGGGAAUAUCUGAUAUUAUGUCAAUGAAUUCAAAACAGUUUUGUCUUGAACUCAGUGAAUUGGGCCCAACAUUAAAGAAAUCACACAAAUACUAUGCACAGGUUCAGGGUGAGAUGGCCAUCAUUGGGCUUCCUUGGGUGGACUUUGUGGUAUGGACGGCAGCUAAGUCAGACAACAUUUUCAUCGAGAGAAUUUACUUCGAUGAACAAUACGUAAAAGACAUGCUACCCAAAUUAGUUGAAUUUUACAUGAGGCAUAUUUUUCCACUCUUGUAAAAUUAUUGAAAUAUAUGUGUAUUCAAUUUGAAAUUACUAAACUUUAAUGUAAAAUGUUAAAUAUAUUUGUUUAGUAAAAUAUU